AUGGCAAACUUGAUGACAUUUGUUCUUUCUCUACCACUCUUCUUCUUCUUCUUCCUCCUCACCACCAUUCUUCCACCUGCAACAUGUUUCAACAACCAAACAGACCAACUCUCACUACUAGCUAUAAAAUCCAGUCUUCAAGAUCCACAAGAAGCUCUCUCUUCAUGGAACCAAACACUCCCCUUAUGCAGCUGGACAGGCAUCCAAUGCCGCGGAAACAGAGUUGUCGCCAUAACCUUGUCGUCUCUAGGCCUCAUCGGAAGUCUCUCCCCGCACAUAGGUAACCUCUCUCGUCUCACCAACAUCACCCUCGAUAACAACUAUUUCCACGGCCCAAUUCCUCCACAAAUCACUCACUUAACCAAACUUCGGUUUCUCGAAUUUAGCAACAAUUCCUUCACGGGUGAAUUACCAAAAAACUUGUCACAGUGCCUCAAUCUAGUGCAACUUGUUUUCUCUAGGAAUCUCAUUUCCGGAACCAUACCUAAUGAACUUAGCUUCUUGCCCAAACUCGAAGCUAUAUCUUUUUCAAGAAACCGAUUUUUUGGGCUUAUCCCUUCAUCUAUUGGUAACAUAACAACACUCGAAACGCUGUCUUUAGCAGCAUGCCGUUUGGCCGGAGAGAUUCCCGAGUCACUCGGCCGCCUCCACCGCCUUGCAUUUCUUCAAUUGGGUGGAAAUAAUUUCACUGGUACUAUUCCUCAUGGUCUGUUUAAUCUAACCAACAUCUAUUAUUUUGAUGUUUCUAAUAAUAGUCUUCAUGGAGUUAUUCCUUCUACUAUUGGUGUCACACUCCCUCAUCUUGUUGCUCUGCGUCUUGAGCGAAACCACUUUAGUGGGCCGAUUCCUAAUUCCAUUUCAAAUGCUUCAUUGAUUGAGUGGAUUGACUUGCCCUAUAAUAAUUUCGUUGGACCUAUACCAAAUCUUGAGAGGCUUACUUUGAUUCAAAAUUUCAACUUGCAAUCAAACUUGCUUGAAGAUGACAUGAGCUUCAUUUCAUCAUUGACAAAUUCGACCAAGUUAGAGCGUUUCGAUGUUAGUGACAACAUGUUGAGUGGCUCUUUGCCGGAAUCCUUAGCCAAUUUGUCUAUUCUUGUCAAUAUGUUUUACAUACACAAGAAUCAGAUACAUGGAAACAUUCCUUUAGGAAUUGGAAACCUUGUCAAUCUUGAAGUGGUUGAUAUGUCUCACAAUCUUCUUAAUGGCCCAAUUCCCGUGUCAAUGUCAAAGCUCUCGAAAUUCCAGCUAGAUGGGAAUGGGUUUUCUGGAAAUGUGUCUUCCAGUCUUGGCAACUGCACCAACUUGUUAGAGUUAGACCUCUCCGAAAACCAUUUCAGUGGUUUGAUCCCUCGAGAAAUUAUGAGACUGUCGUCGCUUUCCAUUGUGCUUAAUCUCUCUCACAAUGCGCUCGAGGGCUCUAUUCCAAGUGAAGUUGGCUCUUUGAUAAACCUCGCAGCUUUGGACUUGUCUAGCAACAGACUGAUUGGAAAGAUUCCCACCUCUUUGAGCAGUUGU